UCUCUCUCUCUCUCUCUCUCUCUCUCUCUCUCUCUCCGCUCUCUCUUUCUCUCUCCCUCUCUUUCCUUAAAAAUUUGAAUACAUGGGUCCUUCUUCUACCGUUCAGUCUCCAUAUAAAUAAUUUCUUCUACGAAUUUGUUUUUUCUUCGCCAUUACGACUCGGAUCUAUUCCCAAUUUUUGGAACCCUAAAAUGGGAAUUGGGGAUCUGCGAGCCGUGAGAGUCCUUUCUCUGUGUGUUGUUUUGUUCACGGGAAAAUGUGGGAAUCGUAAUGGUGUUCAGAUCCUGGGGUUUUUAUUCUGUGGCGAUUAGAUCGCCAAAGUUUCGAUUUUUUUACUUGGAAGCGGCGAAUCUGGACCUGUAUGAGCCUGAUUUGAGAAUUUGGCUGUGUUGUGAUGGAUGAUGAUGUGUUGAACAUGCCCAAUUGGGGUUACUAUGAACCCUUCAGAGGGGGACAUCUUGGUCUGCAGCUCAUGCCUGGAAUGAAUGAUCGAGACACAAAGCCAUUUUUGCCUGGUCGUGAUCCUCCUAUGUUAAUGGGUGCAAAUGGAACUUUUCACCCACGGGAUUGUGUUGUUUCCGAAGCAUCAAUUCCAUUGAAUUAUGUCAGAGAUAAUUGGAUAAGCCAGAGGGAUAGGUUUUUCAAUAUGCAGCCCCCAAAUCCUAAUUAUACUGUUCUUCCAGAGACAUCAGGAGCUCCUUCCUUGCAAAUUAUACAGCCACCUGAUACAUCAAGGGAUGAGAAGGUGGAUAGAGUUGAAGAGUUAGUUGUCAAAAAGGAAGCUGGUCAGCCGAAGAAAAGGCAAACUAGGGGUGCUCUGACUACCCCAAAAGCUAAGAAACCUAGGAAGCCAAAGGAUAAUAGCAAUGUUUCAGUUCAACGUGUGAAGCCACCAAAGAAGACUAUGGAGCUUGUUAUUAAUGGAAUUGAUAUGGACAUUUCUGGUCUACCCAUUCCAGUUUGUUCGUGCACUGGGGCUCCUCAGCAGUGUUAUCGUUGGGGCUGCGGAGGUUGGCAGUCGGCUUGUUGCACCACAAAUGUGUCGAUAUAUCCCUUGCCUAUGAGCAUGAAAAGGCGUGGUGCAAGGAUAGCUGGGCGGAAAAUGAGUCAAGGUGCUUUUAAAAAGGUCUUAGAGAAACUUGCAGCUGAAGGUUAUAAUUUUGCUAACCCUAUUGAUCUGAAGACUCAUUGGGCCAGACAUGGCACCAACAAGUUUGUCACGAUCAGGUAGAUAGGUUCUGCUGAGACACAUGACAUUUGGUCUGUUUCACCUGUAUAUACACCUGUGUGGUCUUUCACACAGAUGUUGAGUUAUUUGUUAUCCAAGAAUUUUCUGUUGUGGUACUUCUUCUACCUAAAAUUUGGAUAUUCCAGUUCUUUUGUUCUUUUUCCCUCUUCGGCUUAUGUGAUAAGGGACAACCAUUUUAUAUGGCAUCAGCAUUUAUGUAGAUGAGUUAUAACUAGAUAGACUAGUUUUGGAUGAUUCUCAUUCACAUUUUAAUUUAAAAUUAUCAUCAUUUUUCAA